UGUUAGGCAGGUUUUGACGUGUCUGUGACAUCGUAGGGGACGAUGUCGAAAACGGCGCGCUUUCCUUCGAAAGUUCUCAAACAAAAAAAUGCACCUUCGCAGGGCGAGCGGCGAGUCAUGUUCGGAGAUCACAUGUCGGAGGUGUCGAUGCGGUCUCAACACGGUCGGUCGUUCACGUCCAUCAAGGUCUUUGACGACAACGAUGAGUACAAGAAAGGAGCCUACCUCUGUUCUCUUGCCAAAAAGGCUGGCCUUAUCCUUAACUCUGGAAGAAAGCACAACACCUUGAGUGCUGACUCUACCACAUUCAGCAGGGAUUUCACUCAAAGUUUAAAAGAACACCCAGAAUAUCCUCAGGUUGUUGCAGAACUUCUCAAAGAAAUGAAGGAGUAUUUGGAUAACCAAGACAGGUAAAAUUUCCUGC